UCAAGUCGUACAUAUGUCAUUGUUGUGCAAACUUUUGUAUUUUUUAAGAAAAUGGAGCAUCUCUGGGAUAAUUUCAUUCAGCAUAAUUCUCAUUUUAUGUUGCAAUACGGGACUCGCGAUAGUCGGAUUUUUUCAAGGGGGAGGACGUGAUGCGACACAAUUAGCGAAAAAUUUGGCAGGUUCGGUCUGCUAUUCGAUGGGAUUGUAUGUAUUCAUCUUCAUCUUCCGCAAUGCUCAAAAACUGAUUGACCUCUUUCACAAGUGGAGGGAAGUGGACGCUAUGCAAAAUCACGCUUCCGACGCGUCGCUCCAUCUCAGCAUUAACACGAUCGCUGGGACAAUACUGAUUUCUGCCAUUGCGGAAAAUGCUGUGUCUCAUUUAUUACUAUUUCCUCUACAUGAACGCGUCCCCCAACCGUUACAAUACUACUAUGAAAAUUCUCACAAGCAGUGGUCACUCAUGAUCCCGUACCACGCCACGGCAGCGAUUGGCGUCUUUCUUUGCAACAAGUGGGCCGUGUACGCGUGGAAUUUUGGGGACAUCUUCAUCGCCGUAAUUUCUCGCGGAUUGUACGGAAAGUUUAAACGGUUCGUGGAAUCCGUGGAAGAAAAAUUGCUCAAAUCUCCAUCGCCUGCGGGGAAAUUGGAUUGGUUGCAUGCAAUUGAGCAUCACGACCGGUUGUCGAAAUUGACGGAAGAGUUUGCCGAUUUGCUUUCACCACUCGUUUUCACCUCCUUCGCAGUCAACAUUUACUUCAUUUGUAUUCAACUGCACUUAUUUCUCGCCCCGUCGAAAAAGUUGGACUUCGUGUCAGCCCUCUACGUCGGAUGGUCUUUUCUCCAUCUAGUCGCCAGGACGUACGUUUGCGCCCUCUCCGCGGCCAAGAUUAACGACUAUGCGCACAAUUUUGUCAAAAUCUUGUACAAUUGUCCUAGAAGUUUGUACACGGUGGAUGUUGAGAGAGCAGAGAGAAAGUUGGCGUCCACUUCGGUGGGAUUGCAUGGCUUGGGAGCGUUCCAUAUUGGUCGACCCUUCAUCCUGUCCGUGAUCUCGGUCAUAUUCACGUUUGAAAUUGUACUCUUGCAAACUUCGCAAAUGAUGCCGGCCACCAUCGAGUCGUGAAAGGAACUAAGAUUUUUUAAUUCUAAAUGAUAAAAAAUGCGUGAGUACACUUUAUGAAGAUUUUUCCAGUUUUUCCCUACUUUAUAACU